AUGCCCAGGACCUUGCCCUGGCUCCUUGACCAGACUGGCGCGGGGCGCGUCAAGCAAGAGUCGGCCCCGCGCAAGCGCGUCAAAACGGAACCCAUUCCGGAUCGCGACUUGACCACCAAGAAACUCCCAUCCUCACCCGAGAAACAAGAUUUCUUCAGAUCAUAUCACGAUGAUGUCUGGGUCAUGGUCGAAGACGAGUUCUACGCCGUCGCGCAAACCUUCACGCAGCAUCUUCACUAUGCGGAAUAUGUCCGGCGCAAGAAGGAAGCCAAGGCCCAGAGUGCCAUGGGUAUAGAAGAACCCGACAGGCCUACAGAUGGCAGGACAGCAAUGCCCAAGCAGCUCCAGCACAAGAAAAAUGCCGAGGCGCUUGCGACGCGCCAGAAGGCUGGGCUGGAUCUUCUACUCGAGGGACAGACGGAUGAGAAAGAUGAUACCGAGGAAGACGAUACAUGGGCUGGAACACAUCUCCACGACCUGAUGACUAGCCCGAGAAAAACACGGUCGUUGGUCGGUGCGCGGGCCUUGAGGUCUUCUACUCGGGCUGCGGCUGGCUUUGGACAAGCCCCUGCCUCAAACUGCAGUCAAGUACCAGGAAUCAGUAGAGUGGAUUCAGUGGCAUCUACAAGAUCUAAACAGCCCGACGCUCAGGUUCUCGACUUGGAUCAGGAGACUGCGUCGGAGGAUGACGAUCUCGAGUUACAAUCUAGCACUGUUGCUGCGCCACGCACGAGGGAAAUGGAAUCCAAUGCGUCGAGUGCUUCAAAUACGCCAAUUCCCUACAAGAAAGAUCCCCGACAAUCUACAUCAUCUCGUCUGGCAUUAGCCAAGGAGAAAGAGAAGCCGGCUUCUGCACGCAACAGCCAGAAGCCAUCCGACGGAUUCAAGUCGAGAAUGGAAAUCUUAUUCGAUGAGCUUGAUGAGCUGCCAGCGCCAUCUGCGCAAGACACUUCUAUCUCCGACAAAGAAAAAGAACUACCUUCCGUUGGGGGAAUGCCCCAGGUGGAAUCGGGCGAAGACAAAUUGGAGCCCAGCAAAUCCCGCUAUACCGAAGUUCCGACAUUUUUGGUGUGA